GCAUUUUCGUUGGUUUAUUUUCGCGAAGGCUGGUCCUUCCAUUCCAUUUGAUUUUCGUUUCAACAUCGGUGAAUGGAGUAAAGAAUGGAUUCGCAUUGUCCCGUGUUAGUGUUCAUCUUGUUGGUGUGCUGGUCAUGUCCAUCAUACACUGCUGGGCAGUGUACGUGUUCCACAGAUUGUGUUACGAAUUGUGCAGCGGGAUCGUACUUCGACGUCACGUCUUCCAACUGUAUAGCAUGUCCACAAGGCUCAUACUGCCCUGGCGGCAGUCAACCAAAGACAGAUUGUCCGGUUGGUUACUAUGGCAACCAAGUUAGUCAGAAUGCUCUGAGUGAUUGUCAGGCAUGUCCCCCAGGACAGUAUGCAGAUGUUGCCGGUUCAACAAGCUGUAAGGCCUGCCCUGCCGGUAAGGCCUGCCAGACGGACGGUACCAGCACGCCGGUUGACUGUGGUACGGGGCAGUACUCACCGAGUGGAGCGACCGCUUGCACAGACUGCCCUGUCGGCUCCAUGUGUCCGGUGAAAGAUGCGUCGCCCACCCUGUGUAGCGAUGGAGAGUACACGUCUACGACAGGUCAGACGACAUGCCAGCAGUGUCCAGCAGGGUCUGAGUGUCCGAACAGACAGGCGCCCGUCAUGUGUAGCGCAGGGUUUGCCAGUGUCCAGGGUCAAGGUGACUGUACGCCUUGCUCACCCGGGACAUAUGCGGCGACGGCAGGUAAAAGUUCCUGUGACGCCUGCCCUGAAGGAAAGUACUGUACCAAUGCCACGGCAACACCGGUAGACUGCUCCUCGGGUUAUGUUGCUCCUCUCGGGAGUACCAGUUGUACAUUAUGUGCUACAGACAAAGUGCCUGACACAAACAAAGCCAGCUGUGAUCCAUGUCCUGCAGGAAAACAAUGUACCAAUCCCACUCUGACCCCAACAUCGUGUGUCAGUGGUUACUAUGCAACACUGGGAAGUGCUUCCUGCACCCGUUGUCCAGCCGGAAAGUACUGCUCUACCAUCACAGCGGACCCCUUGGACUGCCCUUCAAACCAGUACUCAGCUGAAGGUUGGACGUCAUGUAAACCGUGCCCUGCGGGACUUGAGUGUACAUCGGCUGCCGCAACACCCAGCCAGUGUGCCACCGGGACAUUCAGUGUUUCGGGAUCUGUGACAUGCCAGCAGUGUUCGGCUGUCAACGACGACGUCCUCUUCAGUGUCACCAAGUACCAAGUAGACCACCAGCAGCAAGUAUUCGGGGCCAUGACAUGCCAGCAGUGUUCCGCUGGUAAGUACUGUCCCGCCGGUUCGGAAGCUGAGUUGGCUUGUUCAGAGGGAUAUUUCGCCGCCGCAGGAAGUGGAUCAUGCACCGUAUGUGCUCCUGGGAAAUAUUGUACGACGUCACUGUCUUCCGACUGUCCCAGUGGAACGUACUCCCUCGGCCAACAGACGGCUUGUACCCCAUGUCCAGCUGGCUACGAGUGCGCCAGUACGAGCAGUGCACCGAGCGCCUGCUCCCAGGGAUCGUACAACGUGAACGCGUCGUCAACGUUGUGUCAGCAGUGCCCUGGAGGUUACAUGUGUCCCACGACAACCGCCAUGCCAACCAAGUGUAGUGACGUGAUGGUAAAAGAAGCUAUAGAGAACGACUGCCCAAGUGGAACGUAUGCCACAGGUAACGCCACGGAGUGCACGGUUUGUCCAGCAGGGAAGAAAUGUCCGAACGUCGAUGGAUCUGGAAUCGCUGACUGUGCGGCCGGGACGUAUUCUGUGAAGGGAUCUAUCGAGUGCACAGACUGUCCACCUGGGUUCGGGUGUCCAAGCGUUGACGCCAGUGACCUGAUUGAGUGUCCGCCGGGGACGUACUCCAAGGGAAAACAGCAGACCUGUACAGAGUGUCCACCUGGCUUUAACUGCCCCGUGACCACGAUGGAUCUGAAGAUUGCCUGUGUGGAUGGGACGUACUCCGUGGGAAACCAGACAACAUGUACGAGCUGCCCACCAGGCUAUGAGUGUCCUGACAAGACCACCGCCACAGUAACUGCGUGUCAGCCUGGCGCCUACUCUCUGGGUGGCGCCAAGCAGUGCAGCGUGUGUGAAGAAGGCUACAAGUGUCCCGACGCCACACAGGGACCGGAGUUGUGUCCCUUGGGAUCCUACAGCAGCGGCUCAUCAACUAACUGCACGACGUGCGAGGCUGGGUCUUUCUGCGCUGAACGAGAACUGUCAAGGAAAUCUGAAUGUCCGCCUGGAACGUACUCCAAUAACGGAUCCAUCGCCUGCAAGCCGUGCGAUGCAGGAUACCAGUGUGCUGUCGCCUCCACCACUCCGGCGCCACCUGACGGAAUGUGUGCAAAGGGAGGCUACUGCGAUGGCAAGGAUUUCUUCCCCUGUCCUGCUGGGACGUACAACCCGGUGAACGGGUCGAUCGGCUUGUUAGCAUGUCUUCCAUGUCCAUCUGGAUACUAUUGCGAGGGUCCUGCUGUAGAUGACUAUGAGCAGUAUCCAUGUCCCAUCGGCCACUACUGCUUGAAGGGAACAAUCAUGAGAACCCAGUACCCAUGUCCCGGUGGAACGUUCAACAACAUGACGAACUCUACGAGUUCCCAGGAGUGUCAGCCGUGUCCCGAACGGAGGUACUGUCCUCAGGGAACUCCCGACCUCGGCUACGAGUGUCCCGCCGGCUUCUACUGUGUCGGAAGUCAGGCCUCCGGAUUUCAGAAUGCCUGUCCGAUCGGAACGUACGGACCUUCAACAGGAUUUAUGAACUCGACUGAAUGUGAACCGUGUCCGGCAGGGUUUUACUGUCCGUGGGGCACCCAGGCGGAACCGAGAGUCUCACCGUUGCCAUGUAACCCAGGGACAUACAACCCAGACGCCCAGACGGGACAUCCAAUCAACUGCAAGCAGUGUGUGGCUGGGUUUGCCUGCCCGUUCAUCAACCAGACUACCUCCACUCUUCCAUGUAAAGAAGGUCAUUACUGUCCCCCGGGCACCAUCACGGAGGACCAGUUUCCCUGCCUACCAGGGACGUACACGGGCCACACAAACCUGACCAGUGCUGAUGAGUGCAGCGCUUGUCCACUCGGAAAAUACUGCGGAUUUGGUGUUGGGGAGACAAUUAAUCCACCACAGCCAUGUAAACCUGGUUAUUACUGCCCUUUUCAAACUCCAAGCCCGGAUCGCUUCCCCUGUCUGGAGGGAACAUUCAGCAACAAGUCAGAUCUGUAUGAGGCUGCACAGUGUGAUGAUUGUCCACUGGGUUACUACUGUAAAGGUGGUCAGUCUGCCCCAGAUGACCUCUGUAAGCCCGGCUACUACUGCCCACUGAGGACGGCUUACUACACGGAUUACGGCUGUGAGAACGGAACCUACAACCCUCACGAUGGGAAGGAGUCGAGCGCCGACUGCUUGAACUGUACACAAGGUAACGAGAGUUGUCUCCCCUACCCAAGCACCCUCGAAGGAUGCCACUAUUGUGAAUUCGCUGUAGUGAAUCCUAUUCCGUGCCCAAAGGGGACGUACAUGCCUUGGGGUGUCACACCAGCGUCGGCCGUUGGCGUAGUUGCAGAUGGAUCUGCUGCAAAGAGAGAAUUCGACUGCCUUGAUUGUCCGGGAGGGUCUAAAUGUGCUGAAACAACUAUCGCCCCAACACCCUGUGCAAAAGGCUUCUAUUCGAAACCUGGAAAGUUUGAGUGCCAGAUCUGCAAAAUUGGAUAUUACUGUGACAAUGCUACAACAUCUGAGGAGGCGAUGUUGACCACAAAACAGUGUCCUGCUGGGAAAUAUUGUAAAGGGGGUCUCACCGAUGUCUCCGAGGCUACUGACUGCACUGUUGGAAAGUACUGCCCUGCAGCCACUGUUGAAGAAAUCAACUGUCCCGUUGGUACGAUACGAGAAACUGUUGGUGCGGCUGCCGUGACCGACUGUGCUCCUUGUCCUGCAGGAUACUACUGUCUGGAAGGAUCCAGUGCUACCACGGGGGCCUGCAUAACAGGAUACUACUGUCCUAGUCCAUUCACAAACCCAUAUGGGAAUAAUCCACCUCAGAUCGGAGGAUCGGGAAACAAACAGGAACCGUGCCCGGAAGGAACAUACACCGACGUCAUAGCGACUCCGAACGUCACCUCCUGCAAGGUGUGUCCCGCUGGCUCUUACUGUGAACAGGCCUCAUCCCAGCCCACCGACUGUCCCAGAGGGUAUUACUGCAUGCAGGGGUCCGCAAAACCGGAACCCUGUCCGGUUGGUCGCUAUGGAAACACACAGAAGUUGGAGAAGAUGGAGGACUGCACGCUGUGUGACCCCGGCUGGUACUGUGACGCGCCGGGUCUGCUUCAGCCCCGCGCCCCCUGCGACCCCGGAUACCUCUGUUACAAUGGGUCAUCUUCAUCCAGUCCUACUGAUGGCGUUAAGGGAGUCGUGUGCCCGGCAGGAGGAUACUGCACACUGGGUUCGUGGGUUGCCAAGCCGUGUCCCAUGGGAACCUACAGUAAUGUGACGGGGGCGGUCAAUACGUACGACUGUUUCGAGUGCGACCCUGGAUACUACUGUUCAUCAGUGGCUGGUGGCGCCCCCACAGGGAAGUGCUGGGGAGGCUACUUCUGCACAGGUGGUGCUAAAAUCCCUACCCAGAAUGCAACUGAACCAGGCCACUACUCUCUGAAUGGGUCGCGGGUUCAGCGUGAGUGUGAGAUCGGAACAUACAUGCCGUACACGGAGUAUUCAUUCUGCUUCGUGUGCGACCCCGGCUACUACUGCGAGAACAAGACGAUGACCAACAAGGUGCCGUGUCCAGCUGGUCAGUACUGUGGCAAUGGCAGCAUCGUCCCCCAGGACUGUCCACCCGGGACCUACUCAAACGCCACCCAUCGGACCAGCAUCGACGACUGCAUCACGUGCGAGCGAGGCUACUACUGUCAGAACCGUGGAGCCACCGAGCCGACCGGACAGUGUAAAGCUGGCCAUAUUUGUUACGAAGGUUCCCUUGACGACGACCCAGUUUACAACAACGACACAUCUGGCAACAAGACUCUGAUCACCUACGGCGACCGUUGUCAGGCAGGGUACUACUGUCCUCAAGGCACGUCCUACAUGAUUCCGUGUCCCAGAGGAACAUACAACCCCGACUUUGGCGGUGCGUCGGAGGAUACGGCUUGUAAACCGUGCGACCCGGGGAAAUACUGCAACGGCACAGCACUGAUCGAACCAUCAGGUGACUGUUCUGCUGGGUAUUACUGCGUUGGAGGUGCCUGGAUUCCGGAUCCGGUUAACGAAACCGGACCAACUUGUUCCAACAUGACCGGAGCGAUAUGUCCACUUCACCACAUCUGUGAGACCGGAUCCGACACACCCAAACAGUGCCCCAUUGGUUACCAUGCCAACAACACUGGUCUGUCUGUCUGCACACUGUGUCCAGCAGGCUUUCUGUGUCUGCCUGGUGAAGCACCAAGACCCUGUCCCCAAGGUUUCUACUGUGUAGCCAGUACGACUCAAAUCCCAGUGAAGCAGGGCGCCCCCUGUCCAAUUGGAACGUACGGAGCUCGAGAAGGACUCGAGGCUGAAGUCAACUGUACAGACUGUGACGCUGGCCAUUACUGCAACUCUCUCGGCCAGGUGAACAUUACGGGUAAAAUCACGGCUGGUCACUGGUCUCUCUCAGCAGCAGCUACGCCAACCCCAGAAAACACGGACAAUCCUCUGUAUGGACGAUGUCCACAAGGCUUCUACUGUCCAGAGGGCAGCAUCACACCCAUCUCUUGUCCAGCUGGCAGAUACGGUUACUACGCGAAGAAGACCCAGGAAUCGGAGUGUGAGAAGUGUGACCCUGGCAAGUACUGCCCAACCCAGAACAUGACGGUCGCCGGUUCAAACUGCGCCGCCGGCUACUACUGCAUCAUCGGGUCUCCUGAAUCAUCGCCUGUCAAUCAGACGUACGGAGAUGAAUGUCCCACAGGUUACAAAUGCCCUGAGGGUUCGAACGCACCCACCCCAUGUCCAGCUGGAUCAUACACCAACCACACGCGAUCGUCCACCUGUCUGAACUGCCCGGCCGGUAACUACUGCCCCGUGAACACGAGUGACCCCAUCCCCUGCCCCACCGGUUACUGGUGUGGGGCCAAGUACGUACUCGGCACUCAGACCCCCUGUCUAGCAGGGACGUACCUCAACAUCACCGGUGGCUCGAAGGCGGAGGACUGUCUCCAGUGCUCACCUGGCAUGUACUGCGGUUCGCAGGGUCUGAGCACCCCGACAGAUGACUGUGAUCCGGGUUGGUUCUGUAAAUCCGGUUCUGAUGCCGCAAAACCGGCCGACCCCACGAAGGGAGGUCAGUGUCAGCCGGGUUACUUCUGCCCCCGAGGGAGUGCCGCACAGAUUCCCUGUACGCCGGGGAUAUAUUGUCAAGAUGCAGAGUUAGCGGCACCCUCUGGGAACUGCAGUGAAGGUUACUACUGCCUGUCAGGGUCACCAACAUCAACUCCUGUCGGACAGUUAUAUGGUGAUGUCUGUCCGUUGGGUCAGUACUGUACAGCUGGUAGUCCCAAUGGGACCUACUGUCCCCCAGGGACCUACCUCAACGAGACUGGAUCCCGGAUCGAGUCAGACUGUAUGACGUGUCCCCAGGGAUCAUACUGUGGUGGCUAUGGCAAUCAGAACCCGAGUGGGCCAUGUGACGCAGGAUUUUAUUGUCCGUCUGGAAUGAAUAUUUCUAAUCCGUCUGAGUUUACCUGUCCUCAAGGUCACAGCUGUCCGUCUGGCAGCCAUGAGGCAGUUCGGUGUGAGAGUGGGACAUACCAGGAUGAGAUAGGGCAGGGCACGUGCAAGAUUUGUCCUGCAGGAUUCUUCUGUGACAAGACUCAAGGCCCAGUCGUGCUCUAUAACGAUACCUACUGUCCACCAGGCUACUACUGUCCGAAUGGUACUAAAUACUCGGUUGAGAAACGGUGUCCGGUGGGGACCUACAGUAACAGGUCCGGUCUCCAGGCAGAAUCGGACUGUCUGCCCUGCCCAGGGGGAUAUUACUGUGACCAGGAUGCACAGACAGACUAUUCCAAGAUCUGCGAAGCUGGGUUCUACUGUCGACAAGGAGCUAAAUCGGGAACCCCGACCCAGGGCGAGGAUGCCAACGAAUGUCCAGCUGGUCACUACUGUCCAGCCCAAAGCUCGGACCCUCAGAAGUGUCCACUGGGCACGUACUCAAGUAACGUCCGACUACAGGCCGUAGAGGAGUGUCUCAACUGUACUGCAGGUUUCUACUGUGGAGAACUGAACCUAACGACUGUCAGUGGUCAGUGUGACGCUGGCUACUACUGUCCAGAGAAGUCAUCCAGUGCGACAGAGUUGGACUGUCCCGAGGGAUCGUUCUGUGUCAUUCAGAGUGCAUCACCUUCUCUCUGUCCCGUCGGCACAUUUUCAAACAGGACUAAUGUGGUGGCUCAGUCUGACUGCAUCGUUUGUACAGCUGGCCAGUACUGCGAGACAGAAGGCUUAUCAACUCCAACAGGACCCUGUGCUGCAGGCUACUAUUGUCCAGCUGGCAGCAUUAACAGGGAACCGAGCACGUUUUGUCCAAUUGGCAAUUAUUGUCCUGAAGGGAGUGCGGGACCCAUACCUUGUCAAAACAACAGUUAUGUAAACCACACCCACGCCGCAGCAUGUUACGUUUGUCCCGCUGGCUACUACUGCGAGGCUCAAGGAGAAAACAUCAUCUGUCCAACGGGCUACUACUGUCCGGCUGGAACCGGUUUGGACUGGAAGGCCUGCCCGCGCGGAACGUACAGUGACGUCAGUGGGUUGUAUGAGGAGAGUCAGUGUAAACCUUGUCUGGGCGGGUAUUACUGUGGUGGAGAACACCUGACUUCAACAACAGGUCUCUGUGCGGCAGGACACUGGUGCGUGUCUGGUAUUGACCGUGAAUUCCCAAAUGGUAUCAACCAGUCGGAUCCCCUGAACAACACGUGUUACGAUGAUCGACAGGUUGGGUUUGGCGGUAUAUGUCCCAUAGGUCACUACUGCCCGGGCGGUACGAGCAGUAUCUACCCGAUACCGUGUGAAAACGGAACCUACGCAGACACAGAGGGAUUGCAUGGCUGUCUCCAGUGCCCAGAAGGAUACUACUGUCCAAAACAGACCUCCAAUUACACCGAUUUCCCCUGUGACAUGGGACAUUACUGUCCGACUGGAACCCAGGCGUGGAACAUGUUCCCGUGCAGUGUCGGAACUUAUAACAACAUGACCAUGAGAACAAAACCAGCAGAUUGUGUACAAUGUCCAGGUGGAGAAUACUGUGAACAAACAGGACUAUCAGUGCCAUCUGGCGACUGCUCUGCAGGCUACUACUGUACUGGAGGAUCGACUACCACAACUCCGUCAGGCUCCGGUGGUGAUCGCUGCAAGGCGGGGUAUUUCUGCCCUGUGAGGUCGAGUGAUCCCACCCCGUGCACCCCUGGAGAGUUCUGUGCCACUGACGGCCUGAACCAGACAUCUGGGUUGUGUAUGGCUGGAUACUACUGUACUCGCAUGGCCAACGUCUCCAAUCCUGAUGAUGGCAAUGUUACAGGUGGUCUUUGUCCCGAGGGCUCUUACUGCCCUGCAGGAAGUUCCGCUCCAUCACUGUGUCAAGCUGGGUCAUAUCUCAACACCACCGGAAACGAUGCCGACACCGAUUGUCUCCCUUGUUCACCGGGCUACUACUGUGCAGGAGCAGGAAACCGUAUUCCCGACGGACUCUGUUCAGAGGGAUACUACUGCCCAGGGGGUCAGGACACUGCCACGCCCUCUACCUACGCCUGCACCAAGGGACACUACUGCCCAGAAGGCAGCUCGAUGGAAUUACGCUGCCCGUCUGGAUCUUACCAAGACGAGACUGGGAAACCGGACUGUAAACCGUGUCCUGCCGGUUAUUUCUGCGACAGCGUUUUCAAUCCAGUCGUCUUGUACAACAGUUCUGCAUGUCCGGAAGGAUUCUUCUGUCCUGAGAACACGACACGGUCGAACGAGUAUCCCUGCCCUGUGGGAACGUACAGUAACGUGACGCAACGCACGGUGGUACAGGAUUGUCAGACCUGUACCGGUGGGGAUUACUGCGACAGAGAAGGGCUGGCCAUUCCCGUUGGGAAGUGCGAGGCUGGGUAUUACUGUAAUUCAGGAGCAAACAGCUCCACGCCGGUCAUGGGAGAUAACGCCAAUAUCUGUCCACAAGGUGUGUACUGUCCCGUGGGCUCGUCUGUUCCUCAGAGUUGUCCGCCGGGAACGUUCAAUGCGGCGACCGGUCGUCAGAGUGAGGACCAGUGUAUGAACUGUACAGGAGGACGGUACUGCCCAGACUACAACAUGACGGCCGCCGGUCCUCCCUGCCAGGCUGGUUAUUAUUGUCCAUCAAGAGCGGACACUGCUACCUUCAUCCAGUGUCCAAUUGCUCACUACUGCCCGCAGGAGAGCACCGAACCACAGCAGUGUCCAAUGGGAUCGUUCUCGAACGCGACCGGUCUCACACAGGAGAGUCAGUGUGUGCCUUGUUCUGGCGGAUACUACUGCCCUGACCCAGGAAUGACGGAAGCCACACAGAUGUGUUGGGGAGGAUACUACUGUCCGGGCAACAUGUCUGAACCAAACCCGACACAGUUCAUAUGCCCGCGAGGUCUCCACUGUCCAAACGGUAGCGCCAUCUACCAGGAGUGUCCCGACGGAUCGUUCACCAACUACACCGGAGCAGCAGAAUGUUCGCCCUGUCCGCGGGGAUUCUACUGUCUUCCCGUACAACCGGAGAAUGCCACACUGAAUGCACAGCCGUGUCCUGUCGGCUACUACUGUCCUGAAGGUACAGGAAUUGACUGGCACGCAUGUCCAAGUGGAACGUUCAGCGACGUCGAGGCUAUUUACGACAUCAAUCAGUGCCAGGCCUGCUCCGCGGGGAAGUACUGCCAGGGAGAACACCUCACCACCCCUACCGGAAACUGUUCACCAGGUUACUACUGUACGUCAGGAGUGGAUCGCCCGAUGCCUGGUUCCUCCAACGAGACCAUCAACUGCUCAUGCCCAGACCAAGCCGUACACAAAGGAGUUGGUGGCGUUUGCCCACUCGGCCAUUACUGUCCAGCCAUGUCGGAGAAGGCGGUUCCGUGUCCGGCAGGAAGCUAUGCUGAUAUGAUCGGCCAAUCGGAGUGCACUUCCUGUCCAGCUGGAUACUUCUGUCUAGCCAACUCAUCAGAAUUCCUCAGUGCUCCGUGUUCAACAGGCCACUAUUGUCCAAAUGGUACGGAAUAUGACACUCAGUUCAAAUGCCCACCUGGAUCUUAUAAUCCCGUAGAGAAAGGAAAAUCCCUUGACGACUGCAUCUCGUGCCCUGGUGGCAAGUACUGUCAAGGGGAAGGUAACUCUAACUACACUGGCGACUGCAGUGCUGGGUGGUACUGUUCAGGUGGUGCCGACAAACCAAACACGACAACAGCUGGCGGAAAAUGUCAGCCAGGAUACUACUGUCCACAAGGUUCAUCUGACCCUCAACACUGUCCAGGUGGAACGUUCUGUCAGACGGACGGCCUUGACCUUCCCACUGGAAACUGCUCGUCCGGCUACUUCUGUGUGUUAGGAGCGACAGUCUCUGCUCCAGUAGAUGGCAGCACCGGGGACGUCUGCCCAGCGGGACACUACUGCAUCGCAGGGUCGGCAUCGCCUGUCCCGUGCGGUCCUGGGACGUACAGUGCUAGCACGGGCAAUACGCAGGAAUCUGAUUGUGUGGCGUGCUCAUUCGGAGAGUUCUGUGGGGACUACAACAUGACAACCACUUCAGGAAAUUGCACUGCUGGAUACUACUGUCCUCAAGGGGAGAGAACUCCAAACCCGUAUCUGUGUACCAUCGGCCAUUAUUGUCCAGAACACUCUGCCUCCCCUAUGAUUUGCCCCAGUGGGUUCUUCCAAGAGAACACUGGCCAAUCAACAUGCGAUUUGUGUCCUGCCGGCUACUAUUGUGACAACAGUUUAGGGGUGGUAACCAUCAACGAUACGGUGAAAUGUCCAGUAGGAUAUUACUGCCCAACAGGAACUCAGCGCAGUGACCAGUACCCGUGCCCUCUCGGCACGUUCAACAACAUGACGGGACUGAACUCCAGCGGUAGCUGUACACCCUGUACCGCCCGGUACUUCUGUGGCGUGGUCGGCCAGUCGGAGCCUACUGCGCUCUGUGCAGCUGGAUACUACUGCAAACGGUUCGCAAAGUACCAGACGCCAAACCAGACAGGAGAUGCAGACAUCUGUCCACAGGGUUCCUAUUGUCCUGAAGGAACCGCUGAUCCAGAUCCGUGUCUGCCGGGAACGUUUGGCUCCACCGACGGUCUCCGUAACGCGACCGAAUGUACACUGUGUCACGCUGGAUACUACUGCCAGACUCCAGGCUUGACUAAUAACGAAGGACUGUGUUCAGCUGGUUAUUUCUGUGUGGAAGGGUCAAGCUCAAAGACCAAUGAGAUUUGCACUGUGGGUAAUUACUGCCCUGAGGGAGUCGGAGUCCCACAGCGAUGUCCAAGUGGAACAUUCAACCCAUACACAGGCCUCAACUCGUCUGAUCAGUGCACACCAUGUUCUGCCGGCCAGUAUUGUUCGGAUGAAGGCCUCAAUACGACGUCCGGUCCCUGUGAACCGGGCUACUACUGUCCAGCAGGUCAGAACUCGUCACGGCCGGCCAAUUACGUGUGCACCAUCGGUCACUACUGUCCACUCAACUCAUCGGAGCCUGUGCCGUGUGCGAACGGGACUUUCAUGAACCACACAAUGGCGUCAGAAUGUGAUGUCUGUACAGCGGGCUGGUACUGCAAUGAUGGGAACCUAGUCGCGCCUUGCCCCACAGGAUACUUCUGUCCGGCCGGUACAAACGCAGACUGGCAGCCCUGUCCUCGUGGAACCUUCAACAACGAAACCGGUCUGUCAGAGGAGAGCCAGUGCAAACCGUGCACCGGUGGCCAGUACUGUGACUCUCUGGCAGCCACCGAACCCAAGGGUCCCUGUGACGCUGGUCACUACUGCGUGUACGGCGUCGACAGACCAAGACCAAGUGGCAACACAACGUUUCUCGAGAACACGACAUGUAGAAUGCCAGGAGACGAGAUGGGAGAAGGAGGGGUGUGCCCCCAGGGGCACUACUGCCCCCAGGGAACGACUCAGCCCCUGCCGUGUGGGACGGGAUCAUACAGUAAUGAGACGGGUGCUGCAAGCUGUACCCAGUGUCCAGCUGGCUUUUACUGCUUAGAAGGAACAGACACUUUCCUAGACACCCCCUGCCCAUCUGGUUACUACUGUCCCCUAGGGACGACUUCGGCCAAUCAGUUCCCGUGUCCAGCUGGAACCUAUUACAACUUGACAAUGGCAAGAGAUGUGCAGGAUUGUCUCCCCUGUCCAGGGGGAGACUACUGUGAGACUGCAGGCUUGAGUUACCCAACAGGAAAAUGCUCUGCAGGUUGGUUUUGCACUUCCAAUGCCAGUACUUCUACCCCGUCUGCUCCAGAGGGCGGGGAGUGCCAGCCAAGCUCAUACUGUCCAAUCGGAUCGUCUGCUCCUUGGUCAUGUGACCCAGGAACAUACUGUCAGACAGCUGGAUUGUCUUCACCAACAGGAAACUGCACUGCAGGAUACUUCUGCAUCCUGAAUGCAACAACGUCGACCCCGACUGACGGCACAACUGGUGACGUCUGCCCCGUGGGCCACUACUGCCCCGAGGGUAGCGUUGGCGGCGCGAUGCCCUGCCCCGUGGGAUACUACCUGGAUGUCACCCAGCAGGCUCAGGAGUCCGACUGCAAACUGUGCACCGGGGGGCGCUACUGUUCCGGGUCGGGUCAGGACGCCACGACAGGCGAUUGCAGCGCUGGGUAUUACUGUCCUGGUGGGCAGAAUACAUCCACUCCACAUGACACAAGCUGUCCCAUUGGUCACUACUGCCCAGUGGCCAGCAGUGAUCCAAUCAGAUGCGAGAAUGGGACCUACCAAGAUCAGACAACUCAGGAUGUGUGUAAGACAUGUCCACCAGGCUACUUCUGUGACAACACCAUGUCAAUUGUUACCCUUGACAACUCGACCACCGUCUGUCCAAUGGGACACUACUGCCCAGCGGGAACGAGAUACGCCAAUGAAUUUCCAUGUCCAAUUGGAACCUUCAGCAACCUGACAGGUAUACAGUCAGAUGGUCAGUGUACGCCUUGCCUGGCCAGAUAUUACUGCCCCACACCCGGGAUGGUGACCCCUGUUGAUCUGUGUGCCGCUGGCUACUUCUGCAAACAGAAUGCUAAGACUUCAACACCUGACCAAGGCACGGACGCCAAUACCUGCCCUGUAGGACACUAUUGUCCUGAUGGGACCUCCGAACCAGUCCCAUGUCCCAAAGGGACCUUCAACAACAGAACGGGGUUGGGAGUGGAGACCGACUGUACAUUGUGCAUUGCAGGGAGUUACUGUCAAGAUACGGGCAUGGUUCAAGUAUCUGGUCUCUGUGAUGCAGGCUACUACUGUGAGCUGGGAUCUAACCACUCCCAGCAGAUCAUCUGCCCCGGGGGCAGCUACUGCCCCGAGGGAUCCGGCUCCCCCACCCCCUGUCCGCAAGGGUCAUACUCCACCACCCAGGGUCUGGCUAAUUCCAGUCAGUGCGUCCAGUGUGAUGAAGGAAAAUACUGCAACCAAACAGGUCUCUCGGCUCCAGUUGGUGACUGUGACCCAGGCUUCUACUGUCCAGGAGGGAAUGACGUCCCCAAUCCUGUUGAAACGCCCUGUCCGAUUGGCCUCCAUUGUCCAGGUGGGAGUGGCCAGCCGAGACCAUGUGACCCAGGAACGUUUGUGAACUUCACCCAGGCAGAUACCUGUCUGGAAUGUCCGGCCGGUUUCUACUGUGUACCAGAGGAAGUCAUUCAAGGAAACUCGUCAUCCGGCCACCGCCUCUGUCCAGCAGGGUUCUACUGUCCAGCAGGAACUGGACGUAACUGGACAGCCUGCCCGGCCGGAACCUACAACAGUAACCUUGGCCUUGAAGAUUCUAGCCAGUGCCUUCAGUGUGAUGGAGGAAAAUACUGUGACACAACCAACCUGACGACCCCAGUCGGUGACUGUGACGCAGGUUAUUACUGCACCUCCGGAGUCGACACCCCGACACCAGCAGGAAAUCAAACGGGUGUAGGGGGAAUUUGUCCACCAGGUUACAAAUGCCCGGGUGGAACAGUGGUUCCAGAAAGUUGCUCACAAGGAACAUACCAGGACGAGAGCAAGCAGCCAUCUUGUAAGUCCUGCCCGGCUGGUUACUACUGCACGGCUAACAGUAGUGCGUACGCGGACAAGCUGUGUCCAGCUGGUCACUACUGUCCAACUGGGACCGAAUACGACAAUCAGUAUCCAUGUGUCCAGGGAACUUUCAACAACCUCACUGGUCAGCACAACGAGUCCUCCUGUGUGCCGUGUUCCCCUGGAUAUUACUGCGCCUCCUCCGGUAUGAGUAACCCGACCGCCCCCUGUGAUCCGGGCUGGUUCUGCACCUUACGGUCGUACCUAACACAGCCAUCAAACCCUGAGGGAGGAAAGUGUCUGUCAGGUACGUACUGCCCUGCAGGCAGCUCGGAGCCUACAGGUUGUGACGACGGAAAGUACUGCGACACUGACGGCAUGGACGCACCACGCAGUGACUGCAUGGCCGGCUACUACUGCGACGCCAACUCCACCACCGAUAGGCCCACAGGAAUUGGAGGUGACCGCUGUCCGAAGGGUCACUACUGCGUGGCCGGGACUGGAUCUCCCGCACCGUGUGACCCGGGUUACUACCAGCCGAGUCUGGGCGCUCAGAACGUCACCUGGUGUGUCCAAUGUACUGCCGGGAAGUACUGCGGUCAGAGUGGGUUGUCUGCCCCUGACGGAGACUGCCAGAAAGGUUACUACUGCCCUGAAGGCCAGACAGUGAAGAACCCCAGUCUGUACGAGUGUCCAGCCGGCUACUUCUGUCCGGUUGGAUCCAGUGUGAACCAGUUGUGUGCGUCCGGUGGAUACCAAGAUCUCACUGGCCAGUGGGAGUGUAAAGAGUGCCCUGCAGGCUUUUACUGUGACAAUUCUGUUGGGCCCAUUACAAACUAUACCAUCUACAACUGUCCUGAAGGUCACUACUGUCAGAACGGCACGAAGGUUGGCACCGAGUUCCCAUGUCCGAGUGGGACGUACAACAACCUGACUGGCCUGGAGUCGGACACAGACUGUCAGGCAUGUCGCGGUGGGUACUACUGUCCGGCCGGCACUGUGAAUCCAUCUCUACCUUGUGCUGCUGGCUAUUUCUGUCGCACCAGUUCCACAACGGCCGCACCCAGCCAGGGCUCAGACGCCAAUGCUUGUCCAGUGGGUCACUACUGUCCAGAACAGACAACCGAGCCGGUGAAGUGUCCAGCCGGGUCGUAUUCAAACAAGACGAAGCUGAUGAACUGCACAGACUGUACACCAUGUACUAAAGGAUGGUACUGCGCUGACCAGGCCAUGAUCGAACCAUCAGGGAAGUGUUCUGCCGGAUUCUUCUGUGUCGAAGGUUCAAGUGACCCCGCCCCCGAAAUAUGUCCAGCGGGAAGGUACUGCCCUGAAGGAACACACACUCCAACCAAGUGUCCUGUGGGGACGUUUUCCAACAUAACCCGUCUGACGUCGGUUAACAACUGUACGGACUGUACAGCUGGCUACUACUGUCAAAACAAUGGACUGACCACAGAGGAGGGGCUCUGUACACAGGGAUACUACUGUCCAACAGGUUCAGACAACCCGAAAGCCAUCAUCUGUCCAAUCGGAUUGCAGUGUCCUGCUGGAUCCGAUGCACCAAGAUCAUGUGCCCCGGGCUACUUCACCAACAGAACCGGCCAAUGGCAAUGCGACAUCUGUCCUGAUGGUUUCUAUUGUGUGCCUGAGAACGUGACGGCUGGGGACCCCAAAUCUGGAUAUUUCGACUGCCCGGUGGGAUUCUACUGUCCAGCGGGAACUGGAAUGGACUGGAAAGCAUGUCCUAAAGGAACGUACGGCAAGAGAUCCAACUUGUAUAAAGUCCAGGAAUGCACUGAUUGUGAUGGCGGUUACUACUGCUCCCUAGAUGGCGCCACUAACAUGACAGGGCUGUGCUCUGCCGGAUUUUAUUGCCAGUCUGGAGUAGAUCAGCCAAACCCUGACAAUGCUGCUGUGAACAGUUCAUAUCCAGCUGACUGCCCUCUCAUUGGUGGUCACACAGGUUAUGGCGAUGUUUGUCCACGCGGUUCCAUGUGUCCAGAAGGAAGCUCCGAGCCGAUCAUCUGUCCCGCAGGAUAUUACCAGGACGAGGAGAGACAGAGCGCGUGCAAGGAAUGUGUGGCCGGUUACUACUGCCCGACUAACUCGACAGAUUAUUCGGACAAGCCUUGUCCAUCCGGUCACUACUGUCCACUGAGAACGACGCGUUCAGAUGAGUUUAAGUGCACCAGAGGAACAUUCAAUCCAGUUCAGAGGUCGACCAAUCAGACGGCCUGCUUGUCUUGUACUGCGGGCAUGUACUGUCAGAGCGAAGGGUUGUCUGCAGAAUCAGGCAAUUGCAGUUCUGGCUGGUACUGUACAGGAGGGGCCCUCCAGAGAACCCCGACGGACGCGACGCAGGGCGGCAAGUGUAACCGUGGAGAGUACUGCCCCGAGGGAAGCGUCAACAUCACGCGCUGUGACGGCGGCAAAUACUGUUUCAGAGAGAGGCUGGCUGCUCCAUCAGGAAAUUGUUCACAAGGUUACUACUGCACACUGGGAGCUGUGUUCCCCACUCCGGUGGAUGGAACGACCGGGAACGUUUGUCCGAAAGGCUACUACUGCCCCGAGGGGAGUACGUACGGAUUACCAUGUCCGAUUGGGUACUACCUGGACUCGGAACAAAACAGUGUGCUCUCUGCUUGCAAGAUCUGCACUCCAGGAAAGUACUGUGGGUCUGAAGGUCUGGCGAUGCCAUCUGGUGACUGCAGUCCUGGUUACUUCUGUCCAGCAGGGGAGACAAGCACUACUCCUGGUAACUUCACCUGUCCUGAGGGCUUCUUCUGUGUGGGAGGUAAAGAAGCAGCCGAGGCUUGUGUAUCAGGAACUUACCAGAACAUGCCAGGACAGACGGACUGUAAGACGUGUCCCUCCACUUACUACUGCAACGCCACGUUCAGCCCCGUCACAUCCUACAGCAGCUACGUCUGUGUGGAAGGCUACUACUGUCCCAACGGCACGGAACAUGCACAACAGUAUCCCUGUCCACUCGGCACCUACAACAACCGCACUGGUUUAUCGAUGGAGAGUGAGUGUUCAUCUUGUGUUGGUGGGAUGGCCUGUGAUGUCGAAGGUCUGACGUAUCCCAUCAGGCCAUGCUCUCCAGGUCACUACUGUAGGGAAGGCGCGCAAUCAACCACACCAAAUCAAGGUGUCACAGCAAACGUGUGCCCAGUGGGUAACUACUGCCCUGAACAAACGUCCGACCCCCUGCCCUGCCUCCAGGGCAUGUACAACCCGUCAACCGGAAUCAACCAACAAAGUCAGUGUUUGAACUGCACAGGAGGCUCAUUCUGUAACACAACAGGUUUGUCAAGCCCUGUAGGUCAGUGCGAAGCUCGAUUCUAUUGUCCUGUGGGGUCAAAGACGUCCAAUGAAAUCCUGUGUCCAGAAGGUCACUUCUGUGAGAUCGGCACUCAGGACCCCAGCCAGUGUCCGAACGGGACGUUCUCCAACCAGACGGGUUUAGCAGCAGCCAGCGAGUGCACCCAGUGUCUGGCUGGCUAUUACUGCAACGGCCACGGCUUGGCUGCAGUGUCGGGUCCAUGCAAAGAAGGCUACUAUUGUCCUGAAGGAGCGAGUGUGGAAACCCAGAUUAUCUGCCCUGCUGCCAAACACUGCCCACUAGGGAGCGCUGCACCACAGGACUGUCCAGCGGGAUAUUAUGUGGACUUUGACGGCGCUUCACAGUGUUUGCCUUGUCCAUCAGGUUACUACUGCGUUCCAGAACUGACGAUUGCAGGAGAUGCAUUGUCUUCCAAACACCCAUGUCCCAUGGGAUUCUUCUGUCCGAAUGGAACCGGACACGACUGGCAGCCCUGUCCUGCAGGAACCUACAGUAACGUGACCGGUCUAGGCAAGGAUGUAGACUGUACUCCGUGCAGUGCUGGGCAGUAUUGUCAAGGUACAAACCUCACCUCUCCAACAGGCGACUGCAUGGAAGGCUACUACUGUAGUUCGGGCGUCAACAAAAUCAACCCACUCAUGCUCAAUGACAGUCAGUGUCCCCUGACAUCCGUCCACCCAAUCAUAGGCCACAUUUGUCCUGCUGGACACUACUGCCCUCAAGGAACGGACUUCCCCAUUGGCUGUCCUGCUGGGACAUACCAGGAUCUGACCAAUCAGAGGAACUGUAAGUCCUGCCCGGCUGGCUACUACUGCGUGGCCAAUACGACUGAUUAUAGUGUGAAUGUUUGCCCCGCCGGUCACUACUGCGGAGAUAACACGACGGAAGCUAACUCCAAUCCAUGUGCUCCUGGGAUGUUCAAUAACCUGACCGGACAACAGACGUCCGAGUCAUGUGUUCUGUGCACGCCGGGAAUGUACUGCCAGGGCGACGGAAACGCCAGCCCGACUGGAGACUGCUCGGGAGGGUGGUACUGCGUGAAUGGAUCAUCACAAUAUCAGCCGUCAGUGAAUGGAGGAAAGUGCCAGCCAGGAUUCUUCUGUCCUCCAGGAUCGUCGGCCAUGGUAACAUGUACUCCAGGAAAAUACUGUCAGACAAGUGGACUCUCUACGCCUACUGGAGACUGCAAUGAAGGUUACUACUGUCCCUUGGGUUCGACCUCUCCCACACAACAAGAGUGCUACAUGGGCCACUACUGCAUGCUGGGAACAGAUGUUCCCGAUCCGUGUCGUAAUGGAACGUAUGGACCCACGAAGCGGCUGAAGUCCCAGGCCGAGUGUACGCCGUGUGACGGAGGGUACUACUGUAAUGGAACCGGUCUCAGUGCGGUCACAGGCAUGUGUGACAAAGGUUACUACUGCCCAUCUGAACAGACGACCCCUGUGCCGUAUACAUACCUGUGUCCAGAAGGCCACUACUGUCUCCAGGGAAGUGCAACCCCAACUCGAUGCAGCCCUGGAUACUACCAGAAUGAAAAGGGCCAGUUCCAGUGCAAGCCCUGCCCUGAAGGUUACUUCUGUGACAACAACCUCGCUGCCGUUGGCAACCUCAGUGAUGCUGCAUGCCCCAAGGGCUACUACUGCCCGGCCCUGACUGAACGAUCAAACCAGUACCCAUGUCCGUCGGGUACCUUUAACAACGAAACCCAUCGUAUCAACGCAUCCGAGUGUCAGACAUGCCCACCUGGUUACUACUGCAAGAGUACUGGCUUGGCAGAGCCAGAAGGACUUUGCUACGCAGGAUAUUACUGCGAGUCUGGAACAGUGGAACCAAACCCAACUAGCACGAUCUGCCCGAUUGGUAACUACUGCCCCGAAGGAAGCUACAAACCUAUCCCUUGUCCAUCAGGAACCAUGGCAACUAGCCUGGGCAACACGAACCUCACCAACUGUGAGCCCUGUAAUCCUGGACGUUACUGCACGCCAAACAGCUCAAAGAAUGGUAUUAGUUUACCCUGCGAAGCUGGCUAUAUCUGUCUGAAAGGAUCGAACACUGGCACACCAGCAGAUGGCACCAUGGGCUUGAUUUGUCCGGCGGGACACUACUGCUUAGCAGGGGCUAUCACGGCAGCUAUGUGUGACAAAGGGACGUACGGACCGAAAGACGGGCUUGGUGAGUGUCUGAUGUGUCCAGCCGGUCAAACGUGUCCUGCACAAGGCAUGAACGACACGCUGCCUUGCCCUGCCGGUCACUACUGUCUAAAUGGAACAGCCAACGACGGAAUACCCUGUAGCCUUGGUUCGUACAACCCCCACGAAGGUCUCAGUACCAUGGACCAGUGUCUGGCCUGCCCACCUGGCAAGUUCUGUAACGAGACAGGACUGGCCGCACCCAGCGGUCUGUGUCACCCCGGUUACCUGUGUGUGACCAACGCCUCGCACCCUGCCCCAGACGAUUCGGUCAAUGGACCAUGUCCUGCUGGUCAUUACUGUGAAGAAGGAACGGUUUCCCCUACCAAAUGUCCUCGCGGUACUGCCAGAAAUCAAACCGGAGGGAAGUCGGUCGCUGACUGCUGGCCGUGCGCUCCCGGUCAGUUCUGCGGGUCUGACGGUCUCCUCCUGCCCAGCGGAGACUGCCUGGAGCGCUACUACUGCCCCGACUACGCCAACAUCAGCGUCAAUGCGCCCACAGAUUUCGCAUGUCCGGCUGGGUACAUGUGUCCCGCGAAGACGGGAAUCCCACUGGGAUGUCCGCCCGGCUCCUACCAACCUAGUUCUGGAUCGAAUAGUUGUCUCCCCUGCCCCGAGGGAAAGCUGUGUGCAGGAAACACGAGUGUUCCCGAGCCGUGUCCUCCAUUCUCGUACUGCCCCACCAGUACCGUGGCGGCCGUCCUCUGCCUGAACGGAACGUACACUGACAACAGUACAACGGGACUGGUAACUGCAGCAGAUUGCGCACAGUGUCCAACUGGGAAAUACUGCACUGGAGGUAUUGCGGCUGGGGACUGUUCUGCAGGCUAUCUGUGCAUAACUGGCAUGUCUGUACCAAAUCCUGACGCCUCACUCCGACCCAACGGAGGACCGUGCCCAUAUGGAUACUACUGCCCUGAAGGUAGGUUUGGUUUGGCGUGCCCAGUAAAGACGUACAAUGAUGAACAGGGUGGUAGGGACAGCAGUUGGUGUAAGCCCUGUCCACCCGGAUACUGGUGCAAUGACACAGGGAUGGCCAACUACACCGUGAACCCAUGUGACCCCGGAUUCUACUGCACCAACGCCACAGACGCACCCGAGCCAUGUCCCGUGGGAACAUACAGAGAUGCUAUAGCUGCCGGUAGUGUUGCUGACUGUUAUCUGUGUCCAGCUGGAAAGUACUGCCCCGAGACAAACAUGACAUAUUCUGGUAUCCAGUGUGAUGAGGGAUACGUCUGUAUUCCAGGAUCGCAGAAUCAAACCAUCUGUCAAGCAGGUUACUACUGCAACAUGUCGAUGGAUCAGAAACCGUGUCCACCUGGUUACUACUGUCCAGUAGCGUCCAGCUUCCCUAUCCCGUGCCCAGUCGGUCAUUACUGUGGUGCUGUCACUGACUGUAACAAUACUGACGCAGGAGCUAUUGAACCGAAGAAGUGUCCGCUCGGGUAUAAAGAAUACGACGGUUCUUUGCGGCGAACGUUCAACGACACCUGUAAACCUUGUCUGCCCGGAACGUUCGGAGCUCACGAAAACCGGACCAUUUGUGAACCUUGUCGAGCCGGAGUUGUCUGCCUUGCCAUGGCAACCACAGACAACCCUGUGGCCAAUGACAGCUCGCUGGUUUGGGCAGCCGGAUAUCCCGCGACCCACUCAUAUUUAUGUCCACCAGGCUACUACUGCCCCGAGAGUAGCUCUCAGGGCACGCCGUGUCCACAGGGCCGGUACAACCCGAACACCGGGAAGGGGAGUCUGUCCGACUGCAAGCUGUGCUCGGUAGACCACUUCAACCACCUGGAGGCGCAGAAGGCGUGUUUCGUGUGCGGGAGCGAGGCCAAUCAGCCGGUCCGAGGUUCGGUCACGUGCGACUGUACGGGCUCAGGUCGUGACUUCCAGCCAAGUGACAAAAAUUGUCCAUGUAAAGCUGGUUACCUGGAGUUUGGGAAUCAACAGGAUUGUAUUAAGCAGGUGUAUGACCUCUGUACCGAGGGGUCAUAUCGCAACCAAAAUGGUCAGUGUAUGAUCGCUGACCAGUGGGUCACCUACUGCUCUGAACAGGUUUGUGACAACGACUACAAAGGGUAUGACGGAAGUCUCGGUCUCUGCCUCUGCAAGGCCGAUAACCUGGAGGAGGUCUGUAGUCUGGAGUGUCGGAUAAAGCAAAGACAGAGCUUGUCGUUCGUGUGUCCCGCCAAGCCGCUCGAACCAUACAUACAGAUCAAGAAUACCGACACCACCAUUAGAAAACAGUACCCAUCGUCCAAACUUCUUCUAGGUCUGAACACGCGGGAAUCCAUCACAGACGACCAGUGCGACAAAUACGGUGUCACCGAAUACACGAUCGGAAUUGUCGAGUGCGGCAGUUCGAGUUUCCUUGGCGUGUAUGAACCGAACAUCGACCAGCUCCAGAACUGGAUCGACUUCCACGUGAAGGGGAACCUGACCGGCAACAUCACAGAGGAUACCGACUACACGUCGGCGUAUCUGGGGCGGCGGCGCUUGCUGGCAUCGUCCACGGUGAACAGUUCCUUGUUCAGCGGGAUCACCAAUCCAGUCGUGUGUCUCAAUUACGGACAGAUCAUAUUCUUCUAUGUGGAUAACACCAACUAUCCAGUUUAUGACAGGAACAACCUCUACAACACCAACACCAAGUUUGACUACGGCGGAUUCCGUGAGUUGAUGGAGGCCCAGUCACAGGUCUCCACAUCGACAACGCUCUUCGCAUACAGAUUCAAAGAUCCCGGCGUCUACGUCUUCUACCUUAGCAGCAACGUCAACAGAAAAAUGUACGUGCGAGUGAUGGCCCAGGAUGCCACUUGCACAGAGGAUGGUCCGUUCUUCCCGACCACGUCGCGCUACAUCAUCCAGAACGGUAUCGCUGUCUCGCAGGACAUCCUGAAGGCGCCCGACUGGCAGAUCAUCUUCAUCCUGCUGGCGGCCGCCUUCCUCGUCAUGAUCCUCAUGCUGCUGCUGCUGAUGUUAUUCCGGAAGUACGGCUGGACCAAAGUCUCGUACCUGUAUCCGUUCUAUCGCUACGUGGCUAAGCGGUUCAACUUUGAUGACUAUGCGAGCAAGGGCUCCACCGUCCACCCAGUGAAGAAGUACCACAGAAACAUGCUGGCCCUCACCGCAGCAGAACCAGGCAGUAACCUAGCAACACAGGCAGCCAUUUUGGAUGCAUCAGCCAUAGAAGUGAAAAACGAUGAAUUCUGGGAUUACGACCGACAGCUCGAUCUGGAGGCAUUCAGCGUCAAACAGCUUUACGACACGCUCUCGAAACAGUCCCGCAGUGUCACCCAGACAAUCGGCAAACAGAAGGACGAGGUCAAGCAGAUGUACCAGAGAAUAGCCAAUCAGACGGAGUCUCUCAAGGGCCUCUGGGCGGCCAAGAUGAAUCUGCAAGGCAAGUCGGCAAUGGCCACAGAUGAAGAUGUGGCCACCUAUGAGAAGAAGUUGGAGAGGCUGGAGUCAGAGCUGGAGCGACGGAAGGACGUGGGAAGACAGUUCGUGGCCAUUCUCGAACGGCAGGAGCAGUUGAUGGACGAUGACGAGACAGGACGGAAAAAACAUCAGGUUUCAUACCAAGCCGGUCUGCGUGAAGCCAAACGUCUGUUGCUGGAACACGCCAGCAAGAUGCAGAAAGGACAAUUGAUGCGCGACGGUCAGUUUGACAGCGACAUGCACAAUGAUAUCGACAGACGUGUUGCGAUCCUCAUCAACGAGAUGUCGAAUGCCGUCACUGACGAGUGUCGCCGCGUCGGGGCCUGGGGAAUUCUGGGAGAAGGAACGGGAGGCCAGAUCGUCCAGCCCGGCACACGGACGCCACUGACGAGAAGUGACCUUAUUAGUGCUGACAUGAACAUAAAGAAGCCGAACCUGAUCAGCAUGGACCCGAAGACAGGGCUGAUCCUGCCGAAGAGUGGCACGCAGAUGUUGCUAGCCGACGGCAGCGUGGUGGCCGUUCCCUCCGACUACUUCGUCCACCCUCAGACAGGCCACGUCCUGCCCAUGCAUGGAAAUGUUGCCUACGAUCCAGUAACAACCAGACUCGUGUUCGUGGUCGACUCAGCCACAGGUGAGACCGUGAGAUCUGAAGACCCUUACAUCCCGUACAUUCCAUACCCAAUGAACCGCGUCACCGGCGCCCCUGUCAAAACCAAGCUGCAGCCCAUGGAGAUGAAGACCGACCUUCGAUACGGCGCUCCAAUUCCCGACCCAACAUGCGGCCUGCACGUGCCGAUACUCGGGGUCACUGUGCACCCAUCGACUGGUACCGUGCUGCCUGUUGGAGGAAUCCACACAGACCCAGUGACCGGGCUGCCAGUUCCAAUAGAAAUCGGUUCCAUCAUGGUGGACGCCAACAGUGGACAGCCAGUUCCCAUUCUGUCCAUAGCUCUUGAUCAAGAAACUGGUGAAGUUGUACCAGUUGGCGGAACCAAGCCUGGUAACCAUGGUGACAUCCCGAUUGUGAUCGGCGAUUCUUUCGUCGACUCGCUGAGUGGUAAACUCGUUCGGAUUCAUGGCGGCUAUCUCCGAAACGUUGCAGUGCUGCCCUCUGCUGGAGGAUAUCAAGCACAACUUGAUGCCAAUGUCCUGGCAAUCGAGGCCAGGGUUCUCGAAGCUGUUCGGGAAUACAAGGAGGCCCUGUACACUUCAGGUGAGAGAGGUGACACCCCAAAUGUGCGCCAUGAGGAGACAACUCUGGAAGCAGCGAUCAAGGAGUUAUCUCAGUCACGGGCGAGGAUGAAGGCACAGCUGUUGAGAACUCGCCAGGAUGUGAUACGGAGAAAAGAUCGAUCCAGUCUCCUAGCAACCACAGGAGGCUCGCCAGGAAUGUAUGAGUUUUCGAAGACUGGACAGCUGCUGCCCAUCCUGAUAGGGACCUCCAUGACCGACCCAGCAGGCUCGUACCAACAGGUCCCCAUACUGGGGGUGGAUGUUGAGAAGAACUCCGGCAGAGUUGUCCCCCUUGGAGGAACCAUGGAGGACCCCAGUGGAGAAGGUCUUGUUCCGAUCAUGAUAGGCAGAAAGGCCGUUGACUCCGUCACCGGUGACCUCAGUCCUGUCAUAGGCGUCAGACGGAACCCGGAAACCAAGAUGGCCGUGCCCGUUACCUUAGCAACCGGCGGGCACCGCAAACAGAAGGCACCGCCAGGUGCGCUCGCCUUACUUGAAGAAGAAAUAAUUGCCCGCCGCGGGUUCUGGCGCCGACAGAGACAGAAGGAAACCGAUCUGACGCUGAGAGAACACAAACUGUCCCACCAACUUCUCUACGACAUGGACUCCGUGACGAGUCAUUCGCUGAGGAAGACUCUGGAGGAGAUAGACUCCGACGCUCAACAGCUGAGCGAGAACUUCAAACGGGAGUUACAGAGACGUGGCGUUGCGCAACAGGACUUCAACGGUGUGAUUCCGGCGGACGUCAUUUCGGUUCUUACGGAUUCGGACGUAGUGGAACGAGAUUGUGAGGAGUGUCACGUGAUGGCGCACGUGAAAUACACGGACACCGUCAGGAAGUUCUUCUCCAAGCUUCAGGAAGAGGAGAAGCGAUACAAAGACCGGAUGGCGGAUCUUGACGGCGCCAUGAAUCCAGAAGCCGAGAACACGGCACUGCAGAGAUACAAUCAGGCGAAGGCAAGACUGCAGCACGAAUUACGAGAUCAGAUAUCGACUAGGAUGGAGGCAUUGGAUCAGUGUCACUCCACGCUGGAGUACGCCAGACAGAGGUCAGAGCUGUGUGCCACAGAGGCCAAGGUGGUGCUGACUCGAAGCGCGUUGCUCGCAGGAGAUUACGAUGCCCAGCUGUCUGGAGCGUACGGUUUUGGUAACAGUGUCGAUGAUGGAGAUUCGGAGUUGGUGCCCCUGUUGAGGCAGCUGAUAGCCAUGCUUCAGGCUGGUGGACCGUUUUACCUGUCGCCAGAGUUGUUGAAUCUUAUUAAUGUCGGAGGCGGGAGUUCGACGAACAUAACAAACAUUAACGUAACAGGACAGACAUCUACUGCUGGAGGUGAAGGUGAAGGUCAAGGUGAUGUUAAAGGGUCAAGGACACGAGGAAAGACGAAUGUGCAGAAGACACAGCUUGUUCAGAGUGGACCGGUUGAUUACAAACAGACGGAGCCGCCUCAGACAGUGGUUGUCAUCGGUGAUCCAGCAAAACUAGAACCGACGGGUCCGAAGGCUGGAAAGAAUGAACAGGAUGAGAUGCAGAAAUACUUGUUUGAGAAACAGGCGUACGAAGCAGCCAGGUUAGAGAAUGAACUGAAAUCUGGAGAGAUUGACGGCAUCAACGAAAUCUUGACAGAUUUUGAUGACAAGAAACGCGAAAUGGUCGGUGAAAUCUCCGGCGAUGCCGAGAAGAAACUUCAAGCUGCAAAGACGGAGGAAGAGAAAGAAAGAGUCAUGACAGAAUACGCCGCCAGAAUGCAGAAACUGGACGACGCUAUAGAGAAACAGAAACAACAACAGCUGGCAGCCAUGAGACGAAAACUUGCAGAGCUACGCCGUCAACGAAAGAAAGACUUGCACCGCAGACACGUCCAGGAGGCUGAAGGGAGAAAUAUUUCACCUGAUGUUGUGCCAACGCAAGAUUCAAAAAAAUUCGAGGACUUGGUUCGAGAUUUACAGAUACUUCAGCAAGAUCAAGAACAGAUGCAUGGCGAGAUGAGAAAAGCUGAUGUCGUAGAAGAUGACGGUGUUGAUGUAGUCGGACCAGAUUUCAACGAGAAGAUGAAGAAUCUUGGAUUGUCAAAGACGCAGACAGAAGAGUUGAUAGCCGAUGCUAAGACGCAGCAGGACGGGUUGAACGCGAAGGCCAAGAGCUUCCUGGAAAAGCUUCAGAACAGAAAGGGGCGGGACAGUCCGCCGAAACCGAGCAAGGAAGAGUUACAGGACCUGAACGAGGAGGAACGCGACAAGCUGUUGAAGGCGUGGGAAACUCAGAACGAGGCUGACAGGUUGCAGGAAGAUCAGGCGUUAUUCCGUGCAUGGAAACAACACCAGAAGAAACUACUACAACGCAAGCAAGAGGACCUUGUCAAAGAGAUGCUCAAAGAUGCCGAAUCGUCCGAGCGUGACAGAAUUCUGACACAGUUCCGCGAGGAGGUUCAGAAAGUCGAGGGUAGACGGGAUGAUCAGAGAGAGGCUCAGAGUGACAAACUGAAAGCAAAACUAGCUGCUCGAAAACGGAUGAAGGAACAGUUGACAAAAGACAAGGCUGUCGUGCAAGAACUGGACAGAAUUACUAAAGAUUAUGUGGCUAAAGGUGACUCAGACUCGGCUAGAGUUAUUUCCGACAUCAGCGACCAGCUGAACGGUGCGGUACUGACGGCCGAACAGACGGCUCUGAUUGAUGAGCAGCUCGCUAAGCAGGAGGCGCUGGAUGUGGAGCAGAGAGAGGAGGAGAGACAGAGACUGAGACAGCUGGAGGACGAACGAGCUGGAGAACUAUCCACGCUAGACCAGCAGAUAGACAGACAGAAGAAACUGGCACUGGACGCUCACGAAGCCAAAUUCGAGCGAGACGUCCUCAUCCAUGGAGAGAAGCUCUCGGAAGCGGAGCUGAAGAAACUGAUGGCCAAACACAAACAGGAGCAGGAAUCGAUCGUGGAGAACUUGGAGCAGGAGCGGCGCCGCCAGCAGGAGUCACUGGAGCGGAAGAUGGGUGAGCGGCGGAGACAGAGGGCAGAACAGCUGCAGGAGAUACACAGGCUGGAGAUGUCAGACGAACUCAUUCAGCAGCAGCAGGAGCGAGAUCGGCUCAACGAGAAGAUCGCUCACCAGGUCGAGGACAGCACGCUGACGGAUAGGGUGAAGGGUAAGGAUGAGAAAGAGGCGGAGAACAUGAUCUACACGGUUCUCCGACAGCGCCACAUGAAGGAGGCUAUUCACCUGGAGGACCAGUUGGCCAGGGAGCGGCAGGCAGCCAUCAAACGGGCACAGGCUGACAUCAGGGAAAAACGGCAGACAGACAGAGAGCGACUGCUGGCCGCGUUUGAACAAGAGUUACUGGACUUGGUGGCCGAGGCUGGGUCACUGUCUAGUUCAGAGCUGGCUCAGCGCAAAGAGAAUUUAAAACGACAGCAACAGAAACAACUCAAUGACUUUGACAACCACACGACUCAGAUGCUGGAACAGGCAGAAAGGGACAUAACUCCUCAGCUGGAGGUACAGCAGACCAAUGCCCGGCUCGACCUCAAGGAAAGACAACUCCAGGACCUGGCCAACGCGUUCAGGAAGUAUUCGCCGGCCGACACCCUCACCCAGAAGUACGAGGAAGAGGCGAGACAGGCGGCGGACGAUGCCAAGCGAUACCGUGAAAAUACUGUACAGAAGAUGAACGAGGAUUUGGAGAAGAUGAAAGCAGAGCAGAAACGAAGAGAAGAUGAGAGAAAGGCGAAGAUGAUCAGUAAACUACAGCAGCUUGAGAAGGAUCUUGAAGAAGAACACCGCCAAGAGAUGGAACGCCAACGAGAAAGAGAAGCCGAGCGAGAGAGACUCCGCAAACAGCAGCUGGACGAGCGAGACCAGAAAGAACGCGAACAGAUCGCCAAAGCCAACAUGAGCAAAGACGAAAAAACCCGACUCUUAAAAGAACAUGCGGAAAACAUGAAGAAACUUGAGGCCAACUCUCUGGAGGAGCAGAAACAAUCGAAAUCCAGUCUCCAGUCGAAGUUAGAAGCAAGACGAAACCGCCGGAAAGAGGUGGAAGUCGCAAAGCUAGAGAAAAGCGAACUACUUGAGGCGGACCAGGAAGAGAUAGACGCUCUGAGACGGAGGCAGCAGGAGGAGGCACUGCAGCAGACGCCAUUCACGCCACUCGCAGGAAGUACAACAGUCCCACAGCCAUCGCCGGGCGGCGGUCCCACACCAACAGGAAACAUGGAGCGUGAUUGGGUGAAUCUGCUGAUGGCGUCACCACUCUUCAAACAGAUCAAUGAGCUGGAGGCGAUGUUGGAGAAGACGGAAUUUGCGUCUGGUCAAGCUGGAGAUAAAGUUCUAGGUGCUGAUUACAGUAAGCCAUACAUGGAUGUGAAGGACGCGCAGUGGACAUGUCGUGGGGACCUCUCCCCCGUCGACAUCAACAGCAUCAGCCCCAGCCAGUUUGUCAUCUACCGUUUCGGCGUCUUCAUCAUCCGACUGCUACACCAGACCAUCGGAACCCCAGAGGUGACCCUGCUGUUGGCAUCAAACCUUCCGCCAAACAAUUAUGAAAAGAAUGCAUUCAGGAACUCGGUGUUCUUCGAGCACAAGAGGAAGAUUCUGUUUGUUCGGAAGGAGAGGAUUGAGUCGAUCGGAGAGUUCGUCAUGGUCAUUCUUCAUUCUCUCGCUCACAUCAAGACGGGAGACAUCACCGAUGAUUCAAAUGUGCUGUUCCUUCGAGAGUUUUAUAAGGCACUGAAGGUCGUGUGUCAGGAUAUGUUCUUCUCACGGUCACAGAACAGCCCAAGUGCGCAGUCUCUGAUUGGCUCAGCUUCAGCCAAUACACGACCAGCUCUCGAACAGGCUUUGGCCAGCACCCGUAACCCAGAUGAGAAAUUGAACGUAAUUGGUGAACUGAUUGAUAUGAGAGUGGACAGUCCAACCAGAGUGGAUUUCUCAAGCCAGAGAAUGUCUCAGAGAGUGUAUGGAUACGAAACAGUGGCCAGCAAUGCCCGACUCCGCCAGUAUCUGGCAUCCAAGGGAGGCUAUCAGACCUCAGGGGACGUAAUCAGCAACCGCAUGGCCGAGCUGAGAGGGUCUCCAACACCCACAUCUACACCAAGAAGCCCAUCUAAAAGACGAAUUCCACCAUCGAUCUUCUCCCCGCGAGACGUUCUCGACACACAGGUCGUAGAUCUACAGGCAAAGAGUGAUUCUGUCAACAUUCAGCUCGCUCAGAUUUUGCGAACAGAAGCUGACCUCCGAGAAGGUCUGAAGAAGCUGGACGAAAACUCUGACAUGGAGAGAGUGAAAGCCGCGCAGACCCAACUGACGGCCGUCCUCUUGAAGAAAGAGGACCUCGUCAAACAGGCGUCGUCCCUGGAAACGGAAAUCUUACAGAAAGAAAAAGCUCUAAAGAAAUCUAAAUAGAUGGACACAUACAAUGUACUGAGGUUUUUUCAAGAAACUGUGCAAGUUCAAGAAAUAACCAAAUUAUAUUGUGCAAAUUCCAGAUGGAUUACAUGAAAACAUAAACAAUAUUCUUGAGAACUGCUUGUGUUUUAAUAUACAGAAAGAACUGCAGAAGUCUGUAUAACAUAUAGGCAUUGGAAGCAGGGGGAACUUCUCCCACACAACAUUAAACUUUUCGCACCCGCUGAAAGGUGAAUUAAUACAUUUCUGUGUUCGUUCAUUGCUCCCACACAGCAUUAAACAUUUCGCAGCCCACUGAAAGGCGAAUUAAUACAUUUCUGUACCGACUCCUUCAUUUGCUGUCAAACUGUUUAAUAGAGAUAUAUAUCUCAAACCAAUUCCACUGUGAUAGAAUUCGACAAGAUGGAUCAUGUUCAUAAAGAACCGAGUAAUUUGAGAUUAGCCGCUGAAAAUACUUCUGAGAUAGAUUUUCUGUUGAAAAUAAAUAAAUUACUAUGCACUUAAAAUACUAUUUUCUAUGUACUAUUUGAACUUAAAAUACUUGGCAACCAUUUGUAUUUCUCUGAAAUGAAAUCAAGUAAACUGUGAUAUGUAGUUAUUGGCUGUUUGUGUACAUAGUAAUACAUAAAAGUUUGAUAUGUAGUUAUUGGCUGUUUGUGUACAUAGUAAUACAUAGUGCCUCUAUGACUCUUUAAUGUUAAUAUGGAGGUAUAAGUUUAUUCUAGGCUUUUUGGUUUUCAUUUAUUUAUUAUUUGUUUAAAAGAAUUUUUUAAUAAUAUUAUUAUACCUGUACUUAAGUUGUAUACAUUAUGAGAUUUGUGAUAUAUUAUGUUUCAUCAUGAUUGCAUAUGUUAAAUUAAAGCUAGAGAUAUUAAAGGGACUAUCCUGAGUUUGUAGCUACAAAGGUAUAUUAAAAGGUUUUCAGCAAAUACAAUUUUAGGAACAGUCUAUUUACAUAGGGAAUAUGCCAUUAGUUAGAGGUCAGGAUAAGUAUUCAUAAAAGAGAAAACAAUCCCAAGUUUUCUUAUAUUAUUAAAAUAACAAUUUACUUAAAUUUUCUAGCUUACAAAAUAAGCAUCUCUAUAGUCAAUACAUUUUUGGACAUCAUAAUAUCAAUGUCGAUUUUUGUCUAAAACAAUUUUAAAUUGUACAUGUACCGGUAUGUACAAAUUUAUUAUUUCUUUCAAAAGCAAAAAUAUGAGCUUGUAUAAACAGCUGAUGGAUUUUAUUUUUCAAUAUAAUUAUUUUAGGUACUAAUAAAUUGAAAUAGCUAAUGUAUGUUUUGUGGGGGUGGGUUUUUUAGUUUUGUUUGGGUUUUUUUACUAGUUAUUAGAUGUUGAUCCAGGUUAAUUCCUUUGAUUAAUUGGAGUAAUAUUUCGACAAGGCUAUCAUAGCUGAUUCAUUUCAUUUUACAAAUUUAUGACUCUUAGUUUUCAUUUCUUGUUUUCAUUUCUUUGAGCAAUAAUCAAUAACAUUUAUUUUGUGUAUAUAUACAUUUUUAAAAUAAUGUUAGAUAUUUUUUUAUUGUGUAUCAUAAACAGUAAUUACUUGUUUACUGUGUCAAUUGUAUAUAUAUAAAUUAUAAACACAGGUACAGGUAAGAAAUAUAAACCUUCUUUUUAAGUUGCAAAUUUCACACAUUCCAAUCCGUCCAUUUUGAAAAAUUAUAGUAGUAUAUCCACUAAUUAAAUUAUUUCCUUUGAUAUCCUGAAGUUAGUACCCACACUAUAAGUAUAGGUGGUGGUGGUGUUUUUAACUGACAUUUUUAACGUUGUUUGUCACGAAUUAUUAAGCCCCAACUCGCUGAAAUAAAAUGCAGCAAACCGAUAAUGAAAAUGUAAGCACCUUUAAAAAACAUUCUGGGGAAAGGCCUGUAUAGGUAUGUAAAACUUGUUAUAGUUGCACAUCAGUUCUUGUUGAAAACAGAAUUUAAUUUUUUAAUUUAAAAAAUAAUAUUAUUAAUCUAGAUUUUAUAUAACAAAUAAAUAAAAAAUAUUUUUUGUAUCAAGAAUGUAUAUUAUGUAAGACAUUUAACUUUUAUUGUACAUCAUGUAUUCUUUUAUUCUGUUUUGUAAUAUUUGAGCAUUUACAUUUUGGGGGUUUUCUUCGGUUGUAACACGUUUUAUAAAUGACUGAAUAUAAUGUAAUACAAUCUAUAAGUACAUGCAUAUAUCAUAUCUACAAAUGCAGUUCUUUAAAUGCAAGGAAAUAAUGUUUUGUAAUCAUUUAUUGUAUUAGUGUUACGAAUGUACUUAGUUUCCGUCCAGUGGUUUCCAUAGCAAAGCAUUUUGUGAUAAAUUUUAAAUUCCCCCUGUGAUUACAUGUAUUACGGUAGGUUUUUUUUUUUCUAAAUUGAAGGUAAACCCUUGUUAUUAUUUAUUUUGAAGUGUUUGUAAAUAGACGUAUUAAUAUAUACUGACAUGUACCAGUAUUUAUUUUGAAGUGUUUGUAAAUAGACGUAUUAAUAUAUACUGACAUGUACCAGUAAUUAAUAUAUACUGACAUGUACCAGUAAUUAAUAUAUACUGACAUGUACCAGUAAUUAAUAUAUACUGACAUGUACCAGAAAUUAUUUCUCUUUCAUGUUUUCAUAUUUUUUAAAACAAUUUUCUUGACUCUACAUGUACUGUUUUUACUUUUUAAUAAAUUGUUUUCUGUACAAA